GCGUGGCUUCGGGGCCUGGGUGCGUACACUCACGCUUAGUCUCACGGCUCCAGUCGCUCCUGCAACUCAGUCGCGGAACCCUGUCACACGCUCAGCACCGCUGGCCCAGCUGAUUGCAUAAGUUCGGCGCAGGCCCGCCCUGUCCGCCGCCAUGCAGGCCUUUGGUGAGCCAUGUCAACGCUGCGGCUGCGCUCCGUCGCCUUUGCGGCGCAAACGCUCACGAUUCCAGUGCCCAAGAACCGCCGUCCCAAGUUCGACCUGCACCUGAGGAUUGUCGACCUCAACAACGUGCCGCUGACGUCGGGCAAGUCGUUCGUGAAAUGGCACCUGCCGCACUCGACCGCCGCCGAGCAUCGCGGCAAGACGGAGAACUGUCCGAUCAGGGAGCACAAGGUCCAGUACGACUACGGCAUCACCCUGCCCGUGCGCCUCACCGUCGACAAGAAUGGGAUGCUGCAGGAGAGCCACAUUGAGUUCGAGGUGGUGCAGGAGUACUCCAACUCGGGCCGUGGCGAGCGCAUCACCCUGGGCACUGUCCGGCUCAACCUCGCCGAGUACGUCGAGCAGAGCGAGUUCGCCGCGGCCGACGGCGACGACCCAGGCGUGACGCGGCGCUACCUCAUGCAGAACAGCAAGAUCAACAGCACCCUCAAGCUCGGGAUAUACAUGCGCCAGACCGAGGGCGACAAGAACUUUGUCGCCCCCGCCCUGAAGACGGCGCAGGUUUUCAGUGGCAUUGCGGGCAUCAUGGCCGGCGAGCAGGCCGAGCUCGAGGACAGCGGCGCGGCGCCCUCGCUGACCAGCAAGUCGAGAGAUGCGAGCGAGCUGCAGGACAUGUACAGGCGCACCCUCGCCGCGUACUGGUCCGCCCAGCCGGGCGAGCUCAAGGCAGACGAGUGCAUAGAAGACAUCUUCGCCGGCGGAGACGGCUGGGGCGAUCGCGCCAAGCCAUACUCACCACAGCGCGGCGGCAUCCGCUUCACAGCGACCGCUAUUGGCGACAGCAGCGCUUCCGUCAGCGGGGACGAGAGGCAUAUGCAGGGGAGUCGCCGGCUGUUCCGCAAGUCGCAGGAUACACUGCGCCCGGGCAGUGCGCAGGAAGCGUCGCCGAAGCAGCAUCUUCGCGGCAGAGGGAGCUUGGAACAGCAGGCGCACCAAAUGAAGGUCGAGGCCGAGAGGAACCGGCAUCGUCCGCACCACGAGGUGGACGAGUUCGAGCUGCGGCAAGACCUGUGCAGCUGGAAGCGGCCUAUCUAGACGCGAAAUUGACCACUGCGCUGUUAGCUUUACUUCGAGACCAAGAAAUUGCUAAAUCGUCAUUGAGUGCCUUGGGAAUUACCCUUCUGCAGAAAAGGCCGAUCUUCAGGAACAGAAUAUUUACAUUCUAGUUUACUGUACUGCCAGGGUGUUAUUGCCCAUCAGCCUUACUCUUCGUCGACUGAGUACAUCCAAGCUCGAGUACACCUCCCUGAAAGA